CAAUGCCCCUUCCGCUGCCCGCAGGAGUGGUGGCUGGGGAAAGCACCCUAUAAACUCACACUCACCCUGCCAUGCCUCUCCAGUCUGCAGAGGCAGCCAAGGCAGGAGUGUGUGAAGCAGGGUCAGGUAAACCCAACGGAUUUCUCUUAGCAAGUGGACAAGCUUCUUCCUUGGAGGCCAUGCUGGAGAGAGCCUGAAGAGGAACAGAGACUGCCUGCAGCUUGUUUCUGGGGUGGAAGGCGUGGAAGAACUGCAUCCACCUGAUCUGCAAGUGGUACCCAAGGCUCACCUCCACCAGACACCACCAGCCCACUUCCCCAGUGGCCAAGCCCUUUGCUGCAAGUAUGGACAUUGUGGAGAAGGUCCUCUCCAUAGCCCAUGCUAUCCACACCCAAUUUGAGCAGGUGAAGUGCUGUAAGCACCAGUGCCAGCGCCUUGUGGAGCGCAUCCAAGUCCUGCUGGAGCCUGUGAGGAUCCUCAAGGCUCAGCCACUGAAGCACAUCUCCUGCCAUGAAGAAGAACUGUUGAAGAAGCUGCUCCAGGCACUGGGGGAAGCCCAGAAACUGGUGAUGAAAUACAGCCAGACCAGCUGGAUCCAGAAGUUCCUGAGAGCCCACAGUGCUGGCGAGGAGUUUGUCUGGGUGAAUGAGAGCCUAGAGGACAUUGCCCAGGGGCUUUCGCUCCUGCUGCAGGCAGAACAGAAGCAGACUUUCCUGGAGGCUUUCCAGAAAAAGACCUGUCGCAGGCAGGAUGCUGAGGACUUGAAGGACGACCGGGCUUUCUUGGACCAGGUGAUUGCAAGUACCGAGGAGCCUGAAGAUGCAGCUGAGGAGAUCUACAUCGACAGACAAUGUAUGGAGAGCAAGGUAGACUGGAUGCAAAGCGAGCUGAACAAAGUGGUGCGCGUGAUGGAGCGCUUGAAGAAAGUCAACGUUGGUAAAAGAGAAGACAUCACCGAGAUCGAGAGGGACCACCUCACCUUCUACAGACACCUGCAAGACACCGAGAGCUAUGACCUCUAUGAGGGAGAGUACCUCAAGUACCCCGUCGCCAUCAAAACCUUCAAGAGGCCUCUGACCACCGACCCAGUGAAGGUGAGAGACAUCUUUGAGAAGGAGAUUCAGACCCUAAAGAAGUUUGAGUCUCCAAACAUCCUGCGCAUGUAUGGGAUCUGCAUUGAGGAGAAAGAUGGGAGCCCCUGCUUCUCCAUCGUCAUGGAGUACUGUAAGCAUGGGACGCUGCGGGACGUGCUGACCAAGCAACAGCAUCUCUCCUGGGAGGUCCGCAUUCGGAUGGCCCUGGGAGCUGCCAGAGGCCUUUACAGGUUGCAUCAGACAGAGGAGAAAUCCCGACUCCAUGGCUGCAUCUGCAGUAGCAAGUUCCUGGUGGCUGGGGAUUACUGUGUGAAGCUGUCGGGAUUUGAGCUGUGUGAAACAGAGUCAUCCAUCAAGAGGAAAGCCAAGAAGAACUGGAAACAAGUCUCUAUGCUGGCUUACAUUGCCCCGGAGAACCUGAAAGACACCACCUCCUUCUACAGGAGGCCCUGUGAAAUAUACAGCUUCGGGAUCGUGCUGUGGGAGAUUGCGACCUCCAAAAUCCCAUUUGAAGGCUGCACUCCCCACGAGAUCGUGGAGAAAAUCUGCAACCACCAUUACCGGGACCCAGUUGGGGAAGAUUGUCCUGCAGACCUGCGGAAAGUCAUUGACCAGUGCCGGGCCUUUGACCCUUCCCAACGCCCUUCUGCUGAGGAGAUUGUAGACUUGCUGGCUGACCUAGAGAAAAGCAGAAACCAAAGAAGUUAACUGCAGAAGCAGGGCUAGGUGACCAAGAGCAGCUGGAUGCCUCAGAAAGCAAGUCAAGGGAAAGCAGCGGGCCUCCUCCUGCAGGCCAGAGCGUGCCACUUGCCCCACUUCCCCGCCUUGGCAGAGACUGAUCGUACAAUACACGUGUAUUUGUUUCUGUGUGA